CUCCAGAGGGAUGCUGGACAUCUCAGCCUGAAGUGCAACGUAGGUAGUGGUUUAUAAAAACAAUCAUUAUGUCAAUAACAUUAGUGUUCUCUUGAACCUGCAGGAUAGACCGUUGUAGUUGGAUUAUGCAACAUGCAGCUAAUGAUACCUCUAAUCUAUCUUCAUUUGAUUUUAAUAAAGAAUUGUUUUAGUCUUCCCGACGUAAUACGAAUAGGUGGCUUAUUUCAUCCUGCCGAUGACAAACAAGAACUGGCUUUCAAAUAUGCUGUUGAAAAAAUCAAUAACAACAGAUCCAUAUUGCCCAGAUCUAAACUCAAUGCUCAAAUUGAACAUAUGCCACCACAGGACAGUUUCCAUGCAUCGAAAAAAGUAUGUCAUCUCCUCAGAAAUGGUGUAGCAGCUAUAUUUGGUCCACAGUCAGCUCAUACAGCAAGUCACGUGCAGUCAAUAUGUGAUACUAUGGAAAUACCACAUUUGGAGACACGAUGGGACUAUAGAUUACGACGGGAGAGUUGUCUGGUAAAUCUAUAUCCUCAUCCAACAACACUAUCGAAGGCUUAUGUUGAUCUUGUCAAAGCAUGGGGUUGGAAAUCAUUCACAAUUAUUUACGAAAAUAAUGAAGGAUUAGUAAGACUUCAGGAACUACUCAAAGCUCACGGUCCUUAUGAAUUUCCAAUCACAGUGAGGCAGCUCAAUGGUGGAUCUGAUUACAGGCCUCUUUUGAAACAGAUUAAGAAUUCUGCAGAAUCACACAUUGUUCUCGAUUGUUCAUCGGAAAGAAUAUAUAAUGUUCUGAAGCAAGCCCAGCAAAUUGGGAUGAUGAGUGACUAUCACAGCUAUUUGAUAACAUCUUUGGAUUUGCAUGCUGUUGACCUCGAUGACUUCAAACAUGGUGGUACCAACAUAACGGCCUUUCGCUUAGUGGAUCCUCAGAAUCCUGAUGUAGAAAACGUGCUGAAGGAAUGGAACUUGAACGAUAUGAAAACAUCAUCUGGUGAAAUAACGAGCGCUAUGAGGUCAGAAACAGCUCUGAUGUAUGAUGCAGUACACUUGUUCGCCAAAGCUCUCCACGAUUUAGAUUCGAGUCAGAGAAUAGAUAUCAAACCAAUGAGUUGUGAUGCUGUUGAUACGUGGCCUCACGGAUACAGUUUGAUAAAUUACAUGAAGGUGGUAGAAAUGAGAGGUUUAACGGGAGUAAUAAAAUUCGAUCACGAAGGAUUUCGCAGUGACUUCGCUCUCGAUAUAGUAGACCUCACACGUGAUGGACUACGAAAAAUUGGAACAUGGAAUUCUUCUGAGGGUGUCAAUUUCACGAGAACCUAUGGAGAACAAUACACUCAAAUUGUUGAGCUUAUUCAAAACAAAACAUUCAUAGUCACAACUAUACUGAGUGCUCCCUACGUAAUGAGAAAAGAAGCCAGCGAAAUGUUAUCUGGCAACGCCCAAUACGAAGGUUAUGCGGUUGAUUUGAUCCACGAGAUUUCCAGAUUACUUGGAUUCAACUACACCAUCCGACUAGCUCCAGAUGGCCGUUACGGAUCCUACAAUCGGGAAACAAAAGAAUGGGAUGGAACGAUACGGGAACUUCUCGAUCAAAGAGCAGAUUUAGCCGUCGCUGAUUUAACGAUCACAUACGAAAGAGAGCAGGCUGUUGAUUUCACUAUGCCAUUUAUGAGUCUUGGUGUGAGCAUUUUAUAUAGAAAGCCGAUCAAGCAACCCCCAAAUCUGUUUUCGUUCCUAUCACCAUUGUCUCUAGAUGUAUGGAUUUAUAUGGCAACAGCAUAUCUUGGAGUAUCUGUAUUAUUAUUCGUUCUUGCUAGAUUUACCCCAUAUGAAUGGCAAAAUCCACACCCAUGUAAUCCAAAUCCCGACCAACUAGAGAAUCAGUUCACCCUAUUCAACUGUAUGUGGUUUGCCAUUGGUUCCUUGAUGCAACAAGGCUGUGAUUUCUUACCGAAGGCAGUUUCGACCAGAAUGGUAGCAGGAAUGUGGUGGUUCUUCACUCUCAUUAUGAUAUCAUCUUAUACUGCCAAUUUGGCAGCGUUCUUGACUGUUGAACGAAUGGAUUCUCCAAUCGAAGGCGCAGAAGAUUUAGCGAAACAAACGAAAAUAAAGUAUGGAGCUUUGAGAGGAGGCUCAACAGCUGCUUUCUUCAGAGAAUCGAAUAUAUCUACCUACCAAAGGAUGUGGUCUUUCAUGGAAUCUCAAAAGCCCACCGUAUUCACAACCAGUAAUAUGGAAGGUGUAGACAGAGUGAUAAAAGGUAAAGGAAGUUACGCUUUUUUGAUGGAGUCGACAUCUAUCGAAUAUGUCAUCGAAAGAAACUGCGAACUGACACAAAUUGGUGGAAUGUUGGACUCGAAGGGUUAUGGAAUUGCUACCCCUCAAGAUUCACCGUUUCGAAUGGCGAUAAGUGGUGCAAUAUUGAAAUUACAAGAAGAAGGAAAGUUGCAUAUUCUGAAGACGAGAUGGUGGAAAGAAAAACGAGGAGGGGGAAAAUGUAGCAGGGAUGAAGUCCUGAAAACAAGCAGCACAGCGAAUGAAUUGGGGCUUGCAAAUGUUGGAGGAGUCUUUGUCGUUCUCAUGGGAGGCAUGGGUGUUGCCUGCAUUAUUGCAGUUUGCGAAUUUGUAUGGAAGUCAAGAAAAGUGGCAGUGGAAGAAAGAGUUAGCAGUAUAUUGAGAGAUACCUAAAGGAAUUUACAUUCAGCUCAUGUGAUAAUUUUUGUGGUCUAACAUGACUCUAACAAUGUUUUCUUAUAUAUCAUUCGAAAUAAUAUGUAAAUAAUAUAAUACCUUAACAUGUAUCAACUCUAACUGUCUUAACUCAGUUUUUGGACCAGGUGUUACCAAUAGUGUGAUUAAAUUCAUUGUGUGCUCAGAGAUAAAAUAUCAAUUAAAAUCUAAGAGUA